AUGGCCACUCAGACAUUAAAAAGGGAUGAAAUCAGCAACCUCUCCUUCAUCCUCAACAAACCUCACGAAGUCACAUACGCAGAACGCCCCAAACCAACCCUCUCCUCACCCCACGAUGUCAUCGUAGCAGUCAACUACACCGGAAUCUGCGGUUCAGACGUCCACUACUGGAACCACGGAGCCAUCGGUCACUUCGUCGUCAAGGAUCCCAUGGUUCUGGGCCACGAGUCUGCCGGCACUGUCAUUGAAGUCGGCGAUGAAGUUGCCCACCUCAAGGUCGGCGAUCGCGUCGCCAUUGAACCUGGCUAUGCCUGCCGACGAUGCAAUGACUGCCGCGCGGGAAAGUACAAUCUCUGCGAGAAGAUGGUCUUUGCUGCUACGCCACCGUACGAUGGAACGCUGACGGGCCUGUGGAAGUCCCCCGCCGACUUUUGCUACAAACUUCCUGAGUCUGUAUCUCUCCAGGAGGGCGCGCUCAUCGAGCCGUUGGCCGUGGCUGUCCACAUCGUCAAGCAAGCCUCCGUUCAACCCGGUCAGUCUGUAGUCGUCAUGGGUGCCGGUCCGGUUGGUCUUCUAUGUGCGGCAGUGGCCAAGGCAUAUGGCGCAUCCAAGGUCGUCAGUGUGGACAUCGUCCAGUCCAAGCUUGACUUUGCCAAGGACUUUGCCUCAACGCAUACCUAUCUGUCGCAAAGAAUUUCUCCCGAGGAAAACGCCAAAGCGAUCAAGGAGCAGGUCGGUCUGCCCAAGGGUGCCGAUGUGGUCAUUGAUGCCAGUGGCGCCGAGCCUUCUAUCCAGACAAGUCUGCAUACGGUUCGCAUGGGCGGUACCUACGUCCAAGGCGGCAUGGGCAAAAGCGACAUUACCUUCCCCAUCAUGGCCAUGUGUUUGAAGGAGGUCACUGCGCGUGGGUCAUUCCGAUACGGGCCGGGAGACUACGAGCUUGCAGUCGACCUGGUAGGCAGUGGAAAGGUCGACAUCAAGAAGCUUGUCACGACAGUCGUGCCGUUCGAUAAGGCUGAAGAGGCGUUCAAGAAGGUUAAAGAGGGUGAGGUGAUUAAGAUUCUGAUUGCUGGCCCCAAUGAGAAGAUUUGA